AUGCAUCUGUUCAAGAUUGUCGCUGCGGUGGCAGCUUUGGCAAGCGGCACUGAGGCCGCUGUCAGACAGCUACCAAAACCUGCCAGCUGCAGUGGUGUUGCCAACUUCCGCUACCAAUACAAGUUGGAAUCAGGAUGGUCCGCCAUGAAGAUUGCUGGUGGUCUCAAGCAAGUGCGCACCAUCGUGUGGGACACCGAGGGCAACAUGCUGGUUUCACAAAACACGCGUGGCAUCUCUGUGCACACAUUUGGAGAUAACGGGUGCAUCAAUAGCACCGCCAUGCUUAUAUCUGGCAACCAAAUCAACCACGGCCUUUCCAUCACUCCAGACGGCAAGACACUCUAUGCCAGCAGUGAGACAACGCUGUGGAGCUGGGCCUACGAUCCCCUUACCCGCAAGAUCAGCAACCAAAAGACCAUCGUCAGGGGCAUGUCAACCGGCAUCCAUUCAUCGAGAACGGUUGCCGUAGUCCCCCAGCAGCCCAAUCUCGUGUUGCUGCAAGUUGGGUCAAACUCCAACUUUGACAUGGCAUCUCAGCAGCCUGGCACUGGCAGGGCCAUCAUCAAAAUCUUUGAUGCCAGCAAGGCACCUAGCAACGGCUUCAACUACAAUACCGAAGGGGAGGUGUAUGGAUAUGGUCUCAGGAAUGAGAUUGGCUUCACAGCCGAUCCCAAUGGCGUGUUCUGGGGUGUCGAGAACAGCGGCGACGACUUUGCCCGAACUGAAAAUGGGCAGCGUCGCGAUAUUCACAUCGAUAACCCGGCCGAGAAGCUCAAUAACCUCGGCGACCCCCUUACCGUUCGAAAUGCUUGGUACGGAUAUCCGACCUGCUUUUCUGUCUGGAACCCGGCCAACUUCCCCAACUCCAAUCUCAAGACUGGCUCCCACUUUGUCGUCUCACCAAACUCGUCCUAUAACGAUGCGACCUGCAACGGUCGAGCAGUGCCACCCCGGCUGACCUUCCAAGCGCACUCGGCCCCCAUUGCCAACACAUUUGAUUCCGAUGCAAAGAAUAUGUAUGUCACGUUCCACGGGAGCUGGAAUCGACAGCCUGCCACAGGCUUCAAGGUAGUCCAGAUUCCCUUCACAAAGUUGCCUAAUGGAACGUACGAACCUGUUGCCCCGGCCGACAGCAUGACGGGAUACAAGGACAUUUUCUCGGCACCAAACCCAGGAAGCUGCACUGCCAAUGGGCUAACCAUGAGCAACUGCUUCCGCUUGACAGCCGCUGCUUGGGAUCCGGCGGGCAGAGGGUUGUUUGUGGGAAGCGAUAACAGCGCCGAGGGCGAAAUUUAUGUCUUGACUCCUAAUUAGUAGAGGAUAGUACCCGCCCUGGGUCUCGUUAGGGGCUAGAAGCCCUUGACUUUUAGGUACAGGUAGUCAAGAACCGAAGAAUCCAUUCUUUAUCCGAGGUACCUGAUAGUUGCCC